CCGACGCGCACGAAAGCGAGAGAAAAAAGAGACAAAACACCUCGCGACCGCUUCUCAAUUUAUUUCCCCAUUUGUUUCAGAUCCGUUUUAGGCUUUCAGAUUUCCAAUCCAUCUCAGAAUUUCCUCACCUCUCAAUCUUUCUCUUACGAUUUUAGGUUAGUUUUCUGGGUUUUCUGUUACCGAUCAUGGCGAGCCUCACUGACAACAACAACAACCAAGAGGAAUCAAGCCCUCUUCUGGAAAAGCAAGUCGAACGGGCUGAGAGCAAUGUCGCCAAGCCCGUCAAGGCUUUUCCGGAUACUCAAGCUCCGGUUAAAUCUCCGGCACCUGAACACAAUGGGGCCGCGAUUUAUGGUUGGACCGCAGAUGGUUUGCCUCUGGUACACGGGAGCGUGGUGGGUGAGCCAAUUCAACGGACACAGUGGAACUCUGCGCUCUGCGCUUGUCUCGGUCGCAACGAUCACUUCUGUAGCAGCGAUCUUGAAGUUUGUCUUCUUGGAAGCUUGGCUCCUUGUUUAUUGUAUGGAAGCAAUGUCGAGCGUCUUGAAUCAAGUCCUGGGACUUUUGCAAAUCACUGUUUGCCUUACACUGGUCUAUAUCUUGUUGGAAAUUUCUUUUUUGGUGGGAAUUUUCUUGCUCCAUGGUUUUCAUAUUCUAAUCGCAGUGCUAUGCGCAGGAAGUUUAACCUAGAGGGCAGUUGCGAAGCACUUAACAGGUCGUGUGGGUGCUGUGGAAGCUGUGUGGAAGAUGAGGUGCAACUUGAACAGUGUGAAUCAGUCUGUGACUUGGCAACUCAUAUAUUCUGCCACAAAUGUGCCCUUUGCCAGGAAGGUCGUGAGCUCCGUCGCAGGAUGCCUCAUCCCGGCUUCAAUGCUCAACCAGUUUUAGUUAUGAUACCUCCUGGAGAGCAGGUAAUGGGCCGUGGAGCCUGAGUGUGUUUGCCUGAGUAUGACGCUAUUAUGGCAUUGUCUAUAUUUCAGUUUUAUAUGAUGUCAAGAGUGGUGUAUUGAAUUACCUAAAUUGCUAUUUACCCUAUAGGUUGGCAUCUAAAUCCUAUAAAAUAUAAAUAACAUGAAAAUAGCAGACGUUCAUUUGUAUUGGUUUAAUAUAUUGUAAUGCCGUUUAUGUAUA